AUGUCAUCUUCAAAAACAGACCUGCUUGUCAAAUGGGGACGCGACCGCAUUUCGAUUCCACUCCCAGACGUCUCGAUUACACUCACGGCUCUUAAAAAGGAUCUCGCGGACAGAACGGGUCUCGCCAUCAAUCAGUUCAAACUCGUUCAUGGAGGUGCAGUGCUCAAAGGCGACAAUCCCGUCUCUGCCUAUGGACUCAAACCUGGCUCGACAUUGACCCUUAUCGGCUCUGCGACGCCAGCUCCGACAGCACGAGACACAUCCGUGACCAAACCCACACUUCCUCGAACCCAAGAAGGUGUCCUCGUCACGAUCAAAACCGAGCUAGACCACGUGCAUGAUAAAAUUCAUCCAGGUCUCGAAAAGUUUUUAAACACGCUUGCACCAGCAGAAGAGGCCCAGGAACCGCGAAUGGUCAACCCGAGUGAUGAAGACUUGCAACAGGAACAUGCGAGACUUGGAGAGUUGCUUUUGCAGAGUCUCUUGAGGCUCGACGCCAUUACACCAGAGAGCGAGUGGGAGGAUGCGAGGAAGGCGAGGAAAGCUGCGGUCAAAGAGGUUCAGUCCGACCUCGACAAGCUCGAUGCGAGCUGGAAGGCGUCUCGUGCAACUGUUCCUGCCGUGCAGACGAGUCCUGCACAUAGUACCAAGCCAAAAUCAAAGCGGAGACGGUAA